GGCUGGCUCUGAACUCCGUGUUCCUCCUGCCCCAGCCUCCCUAGCCGCUAGGAUUACAGGUGUGUGCCACUGCACCUGGCCUGUUGUCUGUUGCUCUGCCAUCUGGCUUAUCAAUAAGUAAUCUGUCAUUCUUUGUUCUAUAAAUAAAGUGAGUUUUCCCCUCGUUGAUUAAAAGUAUCAAAAACUAUUUUCUUAUGGCUAGUUUUGUUUGUUUGUUUGUAUAAACCAUUUAAAGUGUUAGGGUCAGUUUGGUCCUAGAUGAUCCACCUUAGUCAGAAGUAGAAGAGCAUGUUUGGGUGUUUCUUUAAAUACAAAAGCUGUCUUCAUUUUAGCAAACUGGAAUAGUUGGAAGUGGCAGUGCUGCCUUUUGUAGUGGCUUUCUGAUGGCAUUUUCUUGGGGGUGGAAUACUUCUUUUAGUGCACUGCUCAGAGUACAGUGCCACAAGAUGGGCCCAUUCCAUGUACUCACUCACAUUUUAAAGAGGCCUUUUUUGGGCCAUACUGGGGAUUGAACCGAUGGGCCGCACUCCAUCACUCACUGAGGGUGUGCCCAGUCGGAGCAGUGACAGUGGGGUCUAAUUGGGACAUGAGAGGCCUUUUCUAUUCCUCAUGUGGCAGCAUUGUGGUGCUUCUCAUGUUGUGGUGUUUUUGCUUUCCUGAGCAAAGACCUGGAGCAAAGAUAAAAUCUGGUUGUGAGUGAUGAACAGAUUGGUUGCAGAAAAGCUUAAGUGUUUCUUUGUGCCAGGAAAUAUUCUUGGAGAUAAAGCAGUGAAUAAGGUGAAAAUUCCUGUCCUCCUGGAGCCCAUAUCUAGCUCUGCAGAGACAGAUGGAAAGUUAAGGCAAGCCAGCACAUCGGAGGUGGUGACAGGCAGGAAUGGAGGGUGUUAAUCACCGUGGAGGGGGAUGUCUGGGAGCGCUUGUGCUUCAGGCAGGGCCUGACGACCUGGUGUUGGGAGCUCUUACUGGAAUCUCGAGCUUCCAUCUCCUUCAGCCUCAAGAUUCUCCCAUCAGUUAUAUUCCCUUUUCCCCAGCACUUGGAUUUAUAUUUAUUUGUUGACUAUUUACUUUUAUCAUAUAAGCAUGUUUCAAAUCUUUCUCUUUUUAAAAUAUUAGAAACUAAACAAAAUAAAAAGUAAUCUUCGUUGAGCCUUGGGUGUCCUGGCUAAUUGUUCUAUAGCUACAGUUCCGCAGGGCACCUUUUGAGCUGGUUGUCUUCCUCUGUAUAUUGUUUUUCUCAGCCAUGACUGUGGUCUGGCUCCUCCACUUUGAUAGCACAAGAAUCACACCUGAUAGGUGACAGUACCAUAUUCAAUGGGCAGGUGCCAGUUAGUCGUGCCUUCAGAUUCUGUCUGCCUGGUGUCUUUGAAGCCCUUACCUUCUGCUAGUUUCAUCCAUUCUCUUCUGGUUCUCCCUCCUCUUCUGGCAGUGUAAGCAGUUUCUGGCCUUGCAGUCAGUACCUGCCUUCUUUGUGAUGCAUUUUAAAGUAGGUAGUCUUCUCAGAGGCACAUCAGUGCUUGAGGGCAGAAGCUAUGGUGUUUCCAUGGUCAUUUCCUCAGCGUAAACCUGGUCCUGGGCAUAGGCUGUUCAGUGAGCUCUUGUUUAGUGACAGUAAGUACACUGCUGGUUUUAGCUUACCUCUAGUGAGCGAAGUCCUCAGCUGUACCUUUGGCUAUGGAAUCCACCAUAUCCCGUUUGACUGUGUGUGUAUCACUUCCAAGUACACAUGUUCCCAUCGAGCAUGUAAGUCCUUACACCUGUGGUCCCUGUUCCCUCCCGUGAUCUGUAGCUGUUGGCCUUGUAUUCCCUGUGGCUGCGGUGGUGAGAUGGCAUCUGGAGAAAGAAGGGGUACCCUUCAGCUUCUGGUGCUGCUGGCUUGAUGCCGAGGGUCCCUUGGGAUCCUCCUCACCACUCCAGCGGUGUGUGUGCUGCACACAGCCCUGGACUUUGUCUCACAAGAUGAGAUGUUGACGCCACUGGGGAGACUGGACAAGUAUGCUGCAAGUGAGAACGUGUUCAACAGACAAAUGGUGGCCCGGAGCCUGCUGGAUACACUGAGGGAAGUGUGUGAUGAUGAAAGAGAUUGCAUUGCUGUCUUGGAAAGGAUUAACAGAUUAGCUGACGACUCAGAACCAACAGUGCGAGCAGAGCUGAUGGAACAGGUGCCUCAUAUUGCAUUGUUUUGUCAAGAAAAUCGCCCUUCCAUACCAUAUGCUUUUUCCAAAUACUUACUACCUAUUGUGGUCAGAUAUCUUGCAGAUCAGAAUAAUCAGGUGAGGAAGACAAGCCAGGCAGCGCUGCUGGCUCUGCUGGAGCAGGAGCUGAUUGAGCGAUUUGAUGUGGAGACCAGAGUAUGCCCGGUGCUGAUAGAGCUGACUGCCCCAGACAGCAAUGACGACGUGAAGACGGAGGCCGUGGCUAUAAUGUGCAAGAUGGCGCCCAUGGUUGGGAAGGACAUUACGGAACGUCUCAUCCUCCCCAGGUUCUGUGAGAUGUGCUGUGAUUGCAGGAUGUUCCAUGUGCGGAAGGUCUGUGCUGCCAAUUUUGGAGAUAUCUGCAGUGUAGUUGGCCAACAAGCUACCGAGGAAAUGUUGCUGCCCAGGUUUUUCCAGCUUUGCUCUGACAAUGUGUGGGGCGUCCGGAAGGCGUGUGCUGAGUGCUUCAUGGCCGUGUCCUGUGCAACCUGUCAAGAGAUCCGACGGACCAAAUUGUCAGCACUGUUUAUUAAUUUGAUCAGUGAUCCUUCACGUUGGGUUCGCCAAGCAGCUUUUCAGUCCCUGGGACCUUUCAUAUCUACUUUUGCUAAUCCAUCUAGCUCAGGCCAGUAUUUUAAAGAAGAAAACAAAAGUUCAGAAGAUGUUUCAGUAGAAGACAAAAACAGGAUCAGAAAUCAAGAUGUCCUAGAGGAUGUACAAAUCAGGCCAGAGGAUGUUCCUUCAGAUCUCAGAGUCACUAAUUCCAGUAUUAACCUGGAAAACUUGCUGGAAGGUCCUGCUUCGGAAACAUCCAGGAAACCUCCAGGUGAAAUCAGUGUUCCAGCGGACAGCUCUUUACUUUGUACUUUGUCCUCAGAACUUCAUCAGGAAGCAGCUAGUAAUGAGAAUGACAGAAAGCCUGGUCACUACAAAUCCACCUUCCGGCCAGAGCCUGGCACCAGCUCGCAGGAUUCUGCUCUCUUAGAUCAGGAGUUGUACAACUCCUUCCAUUUUUGGAGGACUCCUCUUCCUGAAAUAGACCUUGAUACGGAGCUAGAGCAGGACUCUGGGAAAAGCCCAAGCCCAGAAGCAGCACCCGAAGUCCCUGUGUCAUGUUCUCCAAAUAUCACCAUGGCCACCAGGAGGGAACUUGAAGAAAUGAUAGAAAACCUGGAGCCCCAUAUAGAUGAUCCAGAUGUUAAAGCACAAGUGGAAGUGCUGUCGGCCGCACUGCGCGCUUCCUGUCUGGAUGCUCACGAGGAGACCGGCAGCGUGGAAAAGAGAAGUGACCUGCAAGACGAACCGGGUAUAAAUGAGCUACCAAAUUGUAAACUAACUCAAGAUGAUUCUGUGCCUUUAAUCUGCGAUGCCGUUGAGGGCGUGGACUCCACUCCUCACUAUGCCCAUGACGACUCGGACAUGAGCACCAGCAGUGGCUUCAGCCCUGAGGAGGAGAGGCGGGCCAAAGUGCAGGAUGUUGUGCCUCAGGCUUUGCUAGAUCAGUAUCUGUCUAUGACGGACCCCUCUCGUGCACAGACGGUUGACACUGAGAUUGCUAAGCACUGUGCGUACAGCCUCCCGGGCGUGGCCCUGACCCUCGGCCGGCAGAACUGGCACUGCCUGCGAGAGACCUAUGAGACCCUGGCCUCGGACAUGCAGUGGAAAGUCCGAAGAACCUUAGCAUUCUCCAUCCAUGAACUUGCGGUUAUUCUUGGGGAUCAGUUGACAGCUGCGGAUCUGGUUCCAAUUUUUAAUGGAUUUUUAAAAGACCUCGAUGAAGUCAGGAUAGGUGUCCUUAAACACUUGCAUGAUUUUCUGAAGCUCCUUCACAUUGACAAGAGGAGAGAGUACCUGUACCAGCUGCAGGAGUUCCUGGUGACCGACAACAGCAGGAACUGGCGCUUCCGUGCGGAGCUGGCUGAGCAGCUGACCUUGCUCCUGGAGCUGUACAGCCCCCGGGAUGUCUACGACUACCUGCGUCCUAUAGCCCUGAGUCUGUGCGCGGACAAGGUCUCCUCGGUCCGCUGGAUCUCCUACAAGCUGGUCAGCGAGAUGGUGAAGAAGCUGCAUAUGGCCACACCCCCGACCUUCGGCGUGGACCUCAUCAAUGAGCUGGUGGAGAAUUUUGGCAGGUGCCCCAAGUGGUCUGGGCGACAAGCCUUUGUCUUCGUCUGCCAGACUGUCAUCGAGGACGACUGCCUCCCCAUGGAGCAGUUUGCUGUGCACCUGAUGCCACACUUGCUAACCCUGGCGAACGACAGGGUCCCCAACGUCCGAGUGCUGCUCGCCAAGACCCUGAGACAGACUCUGCUGGAGAAGGAGUACUUCCUGGCCUCUGCCAGCUGCUACCAGGAAGCGGUGGAGCAGACCAUCAUGGCCCUGCAGAUGGACCAGGACAGCGACGUCAAGUACUUUGCCAGCACCCACCCUGCCACUACCAAAGUCUCCCAAGAUGCCGCGAGCACAGCCUCCUCGACCUACUAGGUGCCCGAGUCCUCCUGCCUCCCCGAGGCUGCGCCCUGGGCGGGGCAGAGGGAGGGAGGAUGGACCCUCCCCUUGCAGACUCCACCGCAGGCGCCUGGCCCACACCGAGAGCAGGGUGAGUCAAGAGCAGUCCAGUAGACACGACUAUCUUGACUUCAAGGGAAGUAACUUCUCAGAGGAUUAUAACUGUCACCGAAGCCUUAACUCCUUCGUCUUCCUGACUGACGACACUUGAACCACAGGCAUCUCCCCUGUGGCCGGGACUGGCUCCCCCAGAGCUGCGCUGCUCUCUCCCUGGUCACUGAGAUCCUCGGAGCCAGAGGCCACGCGCAUCCAGGCGGAAGACCUUCAGCAUUGCUGUCUGCCGCUGGGCCAAGAGUCCCGCUGGGCGCAGGAGGAGGAGGCUGUGGGCGGGUCUCCCGAGGGCUGAGGCUGACACUGCAGUGGAGUCUGAUUUUAACUCAGAUGCAGCAUAUUGCUGUGCACACUUACAGACGUUUGCUGAUGUCUCUGUCCUGGAGUUUCUCAUGCUGGUCAUGACUGAAGGAGAUUUCUUAGCACGCAUAUUGUUACGUCGGGGUUUUUAACUUGAUCAUGGUCAGCUCCGAGGGGCGACUUUUCUUCACAUGCUGUACAUACCUGUGACCACUCUUGGGAGUGCUGCAGUCUUAAUCAUGCUGUUGGAACUGUCGAGGCACAAGUUUCUUGUCCAAAUAAAGUUUAUUAAUAAGAUCUAUACAGAGAGGCGUUUACACUUUGGAUUGUUUUCUAGAUAUCUACAAAUAAAUGCAAUUUGUGACCUGUA